AUGUAUACUGUUAAGUCGGGUUACUGGUUGGCGAGCUUACAAAGGAGAAGGGCCGAUCCUUCUACGUCGGAUCAGUCUAAAGAUCUAUGGAAGUGGAUUUGGAGUUUAGAAGUGAUUCCAAAGGUCAAAAUGUUUAUGUGGAAAUGUCUUGCUGAGGCACUCCCAACUAAUUCUGCGUUGCGGAAAAAAUCCAUAGAUCUGGAUCCGAUGUGUCGUCGAUGUGGUAAUGGUUUUGAAAUGAUGGAGCACGCCCUUCGUGAUUGUGUGUGGAUGAAGGUUUUGUGGGUUGUUUCCCCUCUUCGUCUCCCUCCGAUUCCAGAAGCUGAAAUCUGCCCGAUUCAGGCAUGGUUUGAACGCAUUAGAUCGGUGCCCCAUAAAGAAAGCCACGCUACUUUUGCUGCUAUUGCUUGGGCCGCUUGGUAUACUCGAAACCUUCUUGUUUUUCAAGGUAAGGAGAUGGAUCAUAAGGAGUGUCUGACGAUUGCUCAUCGUGGAACUUGGCCGAAAACUGUAUGUGAGAGCCCCAAAUGUUCAAUGCCUACUCACAUUUUCUGCUCUAGACCUGGACAGCUCAAGGUGGCUUGUGAUGCGGCUGUUGUUCCUAAUUUUGGGAUUGGCGUGGGCAGUAUCUUAAUGGAUGGAGAAGGGUCGGUUCAGGGAUGCAGGUAUGGAGCAUGGAGAGGAGCUUAUACGAGCUUAGAGGGAGAGGCUUUGGCGGUUCUCGAAGGCUUGCGGCUUUGCGCGGAGAAAGAAGCAACAGACGUUGUGGUGGAGACUGAUAAUCAGGAACUGUACUGGAGUAUUACUAGAAAUGAAACACACCUUUCCUACCUUGGAGAUUCAAUUUGUGAGAUCCGGGCGUUGGUUGAAUCGUUGGAGCAUGUGGAAUUCAGCUGGACAAAACGUGAAGGAAAUGAAAUGGCUGAUAAAUUAGCUUCUCAUGCCUUAGCUGGUUUUUUUCCUAUUCUCUCUCAUGAUGUUUUACCUUUUGAUGUAAACAAUGGUAUUGGUUGA